UCUUCUAUUCUCUCUCUCUCUCUUACAAAGAGAAACCCUUUUCUCUUAUUCUCCUUAGGCACCCAGAAAAUUUUUCUUCCUAACUUGUUCUGAUUCCACCCAAAAUCCUUUCUUUUCAAACACCCUUUGCAUCCCUCUCUUCUUAUCUCCAUUAAAAAAUCCAUCUUUUUUUCUUGUUCUUGUUAUUGUCCCUCUGUUUUUUUUUUUCUUUUCCCCUUUGGUUCUGAUCAACACCCAUUCUUUCUUUCUUGUGGUUCGGCAAAAAUCGAAUUCAAAGCUGAAAACUUUAGCCAAAAGGGUGAUUGAAUCUCAAUGGGGUUUUCGAAGAAGACGCAAGGAGACGCUGAAUCGGAAGCGAAGAAGUGGGUAAUUGCGGGAUUCUCUGUUCGUUCUUUGAAACCAAUAAACACGAAGGUAAAAGAGAGACACCAAGAAGAAGAGGAGGAGGUGGAGUUUGAGUUUUCGACGACACCGACGGCCAAGGAAUCGAGGAUACCGAAGAAGUUGGCGCCGCCUCCGCCGCCACGGAAGCGACGGCCUUCAAGGUGUCACAAUAGCAGCUUCAAUGGCGUUAGAGAGUUCUUCAACCCUCCUGAUUUGGAAACAGUGUUCAAGUGCAAAGUUGAGAAAGCUAAAUGAAAAUUUUCGAUGCUCAUUCAACUAACAACAACAACUACUACAAAGAUUUACCAAAUGGUAUGAAGAAAAAAAAGUGCCACCAAUGAAGCUGAUGGAUUGAGUUUAAAAGGAGUUAUGCUAUGUUUUUUUCUUUCAUGUGUUUUUUGUAAUUUGGCUAUGAAAUCUGAAUGCUGAAUUUCUGUAUAGAGUGAAAACUUGUAGUCUUUUUUAGGGUUUAGUUUUUUUUUUUGUUUCCUUGGUUUAUUUGCUUAAU